UUUGGUCCUCUGGCUUAGCUGCAUGAGUUUUCAUAAUCAAGUUUUCCGACAUGGCCAACUCCUCCUUAAUUUACUCGAAGCGUGCUCCACCGUUCGGUCCCUCAACACAACCAAAUGCCUUCACGCACUCUCCGUCACACUGGGUCCUUUCCCAACGCAAUCCAUAUUUUUCCACAACAACAUCAUCUCCUCUUAUGCCUCUCACGGCGAGUUUCUUCAUGCACGCAAGGUGUUCGACGCUUUGCCUGAGAAAACAGUCGUCUCUUACAACACGCUUAUAACUGCUUAUGGUCGACGUGGAAAUGUAGGAGAUGCUUGGAAGUUGCUCCGCCACAUGAGAGAGAGCGGCUUCGUGCCUACCCAGUACACACUCACAGGGUUGCUAACGUGUGAAUGGUUGAGUCUCUCUCAGGGGUUUCAGUUGCUAGCUUUGAGCAUUAAAAAUGGACUCUUUGAUGCUGAUGCUUUCGUCGGUACUGCCAUGUUGGGCUUGUUUGGGAGGCAUGGAUGUUUGGAUGAAGCAUUUUUGGCAUUUGAAGAUAUGCCCCAGAAGAGUUUAGUGACAUGGAAUUCCAUGUUGUCCUUGCUGGCGCGUAAUGGUUUUGUUGAGGACUCUAAGGUUUUGUUUCGUGAUCUUGUGAGAUUGGGGAUUUCUUUGUCAGAAGGUUCAUUCGUGGCCCUUUUGUCUGGACUUGUUGAUUCUGAAGAGGAUUUGAAAUAUGGGGAACAGAUACAUGGUUUGAUGACUAAGUCUGGGUUUGAUUGUGAAAUUAAUGCAGUUAAUUCUCUGAUCCAUGUCUAUGUUAGGUGCAGAGCCAUGUUCUCUGCAGAAAGAUUGUUUGAGAAGGUUCCUAUUCAAAAUGUUGUGUCUUGGAAUAUGAUCAUUGAUGCGUUGGUCAAAAGUGAGAGGCCACAAAUGGCGAUGGAGAUGUUUAUGAACAUGUCCAGCAGAGGAUUGAUGCCAAGCCAGGCCACAUUCCUGGCUGUUCUUGACUCAUGUACUAGUUUGACAAACUUAGUAUGUGGAGAAUCUAUCCAUGCUAAGGUCAUCGGGAGUGGUUUUGAAUCUGAUGUUAUUGUGGGUACUGCAUUGGUAAACUUUUAUGCUAAAUGUGAUAAAUUGGUUUCUGCCCAUAACUGUUUUAAUCAGAUAGAAAAGAAGAAUGUGGUUUCUUGGAAUUCUUUGAUAUUGGGUUACUCAAAUAUGUGUUCUUCCAAGUCAAUUCUAUUAUUACGGGAAAUGCUUCAAUUGGGUUACUUCCCUAAUGAGUUUUCCUUUACAGCUGUUCUUAAGUCAUCAUCAUUAUCAAACCUACAUCAGCUCCAUGGUUUGGUUUUAAGAAUGGGGUAUGAGAGUUGUGAAUAUGUAUUAAGCUCUCUUGCUAUGGCUUACACUAGAAAUGGUCUUUUAAAUGAAGCACUUGCAUUUGUUGAAGAAUUUAACUACCCACUUCCUGUAAUCCCAUCUAACAUCAUUGCUGGAGUGUACAACAGAACCGGCCGGUACUAUGAAACAAUAAAGUUGCUUUCUUUGCUAGAAGAACCUGAUGUUGUAUCUUGGAACAUUGUCAUUUCUGCUUGUGCUCGGAGCAACAAUUAUAACGAGGUUUUUGAGCUUUUCAAGCAUAUGCAUUUCGCACGCAUCCAUCCAGAUAAAUACACAUUUAUGAGUGCAUUAUGUGUGUGCACCAAACUUUGCAGGCUUGAUUUAGGAAGAUCUCUUCAUGGACUUAUUAUGAAGACCAAUCUUUAUGAUUGUGACAUAUUUUUGAGCAAUGCACUAAUUGACAUGUAUGGGAAAUGUGGAAGCAUUGAUAGUUCAGUGAAAGUUUUUGAAGAAAUCACAAACAGAAAUAUUAUUACAUUGACAGCUUUAAUUUCUGCCCUUGGGCUGAAUGGUUAUGCUCGCGAGGCUGUAAAGAAGUUCCAAACCAUGGAAUUGUCGGGGUUGAAGCCUGAUAAAUUAGCUCUCAGAGCAGUACUUUCUUCUUGUAGAUAUGGUGGAUUAGUGAGUGAAGGGAUGAAAAUUUUCAGGGAGAUGGGUAACAUUUAUGGGAUUCAACCUGAACUUGAUCAUUACUAUUGCAUAGUAGAUCUUCUUGUUAAAAAUGGACCAAUUGAGGAAGCCGAAAAAAUUAUUGCAAGCAUGCCUUUCCCACCAAAUGCCAGCAUUUGGCGUAGCUUUCUUGAUGGCGGCUACAAGGGGCGAGAAAUUGCAGUUUGAACUGUACAGCAGAAAUUAGUUAUCUUCUGGCGAUAAUGCACUAAACAGGUUUUAUGAUUAGCUUUUUAAGCCUCCUUCAACUCUGAACUUAGCCUGAUGAUUGGCUUUUCCACGUUGAGUUAUAAGCAAUUAUUAACUAACAGAUAGGGUUAACCCAUACAAGGUAGGGACCAUGUUUCGGGACAAUUUGAAGGUUCUUGUGUGUUAACUUCUCCGUCCUUUAUAGCCAGGUAAGUAAAGCCCUAUAAACCGCUCAACCCCUUUUUUGGUGCAUUUUGUGUAGCAAAGCCUGCGUAUUUCUCCGCUCACCUAUAUAACCUAUCCAUCACACCAGUAUCUGAGGAAUAAGAUCCAUAAGUUUCUUGGAUGUACACAUUAUGCCCUCUAGACAUUCCACCUAACUGUUUGCUGUCAAAUCAGCUCAGUCAUCACUUGUAAACUUCUUUAAUUAAUAUUAUCUUCUCUACACUUUGCUGGGCAAAGAAUGCUGAAUCGCUCAUGAGAUUUAUCUUAGAUGCAUUCAUGCUAUGUUUGGUUGAUGAGAGAAAGUGAGAAGAGAGAAAAUUGGAAGGGAGAAGAUGGGUAGAUGGAGAGAUUAUUUUCUCUUCUCUCUCUCUCUUUUCAAGUCACCCUCUAACAAGCACAACAUUAGGGAUUACAGAAGACAUUAUAGAAAAAAACAUUGCUUUCUAGGCAACUUCUCAGCCAAGUCACCUUACAAGUUAGUUCAGAAAGAAGAUAUUUUAGUGGACAAGGUGUUAUACUUAGGUGUACUUGGUCGUCUAAGGAAACUCUCAAAGACUUCGGCUCAUGCAUGGAAGAUUCUACUUGGGAGAAUUCCAGAAAGAGACAAUCUACAAAGAGAGUUAGAGAGGUAUUCCAAUGUUAAAUAAUAAUUGUCAUUUAGAUUUAUUUGAUAAAGAUAUGGAAUCUGUAGAGCAUUUGUUUUUCACUUGUAAAAGUUGCAUAUUUUAUUUGUCAAGCAUGCUAUUCUUGGGUAGGUUUUGCUUCUGUUUUACUUAAGGAUGGGAAGCAUCACUUUCUUUUGCAUUUUGGAAUGUCAAAGUUUUUUUCUUUCACUUUCACAAUAUAAUUAUAAGGUUGAAUUGUCA